CUAACACUGCUAAGGACGCUAAGACGGAAUCACAAAGAUGUUAGGCUACAUUGCUGCUUUGCCUCUCCUUUACAUGUUUGUGUAUCUGCCAAUAUCCAAUUCAUACUUCGGCACUUCUCCAAGACCUCAGGCGCAACAUGUUGCGAUUCUCAACAGCUCCUUGAUCGCCGACGACGUACCUCUUUCAUGUCCUUCCCACAGCUACAAUACACAUAUCCUCUCACAAGAGCCGCUUGUCAUCUAUAUUGAAAACUUUCUAAGUCCAGACGAGUCGAAGCACUUAAUAGAUAUAAGCGAGGAUAAAUUUGCUCCAUCGACCGUUUCCGCUGGAGCUGAGACAUCUAUUCAGAAAGACAUUCGAUUCUCAGAAGUUGCUCUCAUUGACCGUGAUGAUGUCGUCCGCUGUGUUGAGCAUCGGGCUCGAGACUUCCAGGGAUGGAGACCAGAUAUCCACAUUGAACGGCUGAGAACGCAAAGAUAUGGUAUAGGAGGUCACUAUAACCACCAUUAUGACUGGAGCGGCGCCAGUAGAGAAGCCGAUCGAGUCAGUACGUUCAUGGUCUAUGUUAACGCUAAGUACGUCAGUCUUUGCCCUUUGUUGUGAAUCAUUUUAAGAGCCAGUCUCUGCGGGACCAUCCCCAAGAGCUACUCACUAAAGAGGAUUUGUUUAAACACCUCUGAGGAGUUA